UCGGGGCCCGGAUCGCUGGGGGCAAAGUCCACCCAUUGCGUCCGGAUCGCGAGUCCCAUGGCGCCGAGGGGACCCGCCUCGCCCGCCGCCAGGGGCUCUUGGCCGGUUCUGGCCGCCCUGUGUUUGCUUCUGAGGAUUGGCCAGUUAAAAGCGGGGGAUGCUCUCCAACCGAAUCUCCUCCUCAUCAUGGCGGAUGACCUUGGCAUUGGGGAUCUGGGUUGCUAUGGGAACAACACACUGAGGACGCCCAACAUCGACCGGCUUGCGGGAGAAGGCGUGAGGCUCACCCAGCACCUGGCGGCCGCUCCCCUCUGUACCCCGAGCAGAGCGGCUUUCCUGACCGGGAGACACGCCUUCCGAUCAGGCAUGGACGCCAGCGACGGAUACCGGGCCCUGCAGUGGAACGGGGGCUCGGGGGGGCUCCCCGAGAACGAAACCACCUUCGCGAGGAUCCUGCAGCAGCGGGGUUACGCCACAGGCCUCAUAGGAAAAUGGCACCAGGGCGUCAGCUGCCAAUCCCGCGGCGACCACUGCCACCACCCCCUCCGGCACGGGUUCGACUACUUCUACGGCAUGCCCUUCACGCUGGUCAACGACUGCCUCCCCGGCCGGCCCCCCGAGGUGGACGCCGCCCUGAGGGCCAGGCUGUGGCGUCUCACCCAGUGGCUGGCCGUGGGCCUCCUGACCCUGGCGGCCGGCAAGGCCUGGGGGCUCCUGGCCGUGCCCCGGGGGGCGGUCCUGGGGGCGGGCGGCCUCCUCGUCCUCUUCUUCGGGGGCUGGUACGCCAGCUUCGGGUUCGUCAGGCGCUGGAACUGCCUCCUGAUGAGAAACCACGAGGUCGUCGAGCAGCCCAUGGAUUUGGGGAGAAGCACGGGGCUUCUGCUGAAGGAAGUCGUGUCCUACGUAGAGAGAAAUAAGCACCGGCCGUUCCUCCUCUUUGUCUCCUUGCUCCACGUGCACAUCCCCCUGGUCUCCACGGAGGAGUUUCGGGGGAAGAGCCGGCACGGCGCGUACGGCGACAGCGUGGAGGAGAUGGACUGGCUGGUAGGUAAAAUCCUCGAGGCCGUGGACGAGAACGGGUUGAGGAAUUCGACCUUCACCUACUUCACCUCUGACCAUGGGGGGCAUUUGGAGGCCCGAGAUGAGGAGAUGGGCCAGCUGGGCGGAUGGAACGGGAUAUACCGAGGUGGGAAAGGCAUGGGGGGCUGGGAAGGCGGGAUCCGUGUCCCCGGGAUAUUCCGGUGGCCCGGGGUGCUGCCCGCCGGCCGGGAGGUCCACGAGCCGACCAGCCUGAUGGACGUCUUCCCCACCGUGGUGCAGCUGGGGGGCGGAGAGACGCCCCAAGACAGGGUGAUCGAUGGCCGUAGCCUGGUGCCCCUGCUGCAAGGAGCUACUGAGCACUCGGCACACGAGUUCCUGUUUCAUUAUUGCGGGAAAUACCUCCACGCGGCACGCUGGCACGACAGGGACAGCGGCCGACUCUGGAAGGUCCACUACGUGACGCCCACAUUCCACCCCCAGGGCGCAGGCGCCUGCCACGGCCACGGCGUGUGCCCCUGCUCGGGGGACGGCGUGACCCGGCACAGCCCUCCUCUGCUGUUUGACCUCUCCAGGGACCCCUCGGAGGCCCGGCCCCUGUCCCCCGACACCGAGCCGCUGUUCCACGCCGUGGUCGCCAGGGUGGGCGAGGCCGUGGAGGAACACAGCGCGACCCGGACCCCCGUGCCCGCACAGUUCUCCCUGAGCCACAUCCUCUGGAAGCCGUGGCUGCAGCCCUGUUGUGGGACCUUCCCUUUCUGCUCCUGCAGCCAGGAGGGAGGCCCCAGCGAGAGGUGACCGCCCCCCCCCAGCCGGCGUGGCUCAGUGGUUAGAGCAUUGACCUAGGAACCAGGAGGUCAUGGUUCGAUUCCCGGUCAAGGGCACAUGCCCGGGUUGGGGGCUCCAUC